CAACUGUCAGUCCGUUAUCGCCCAACGGACAUAUUUGUUUAUUCAGCAAUCAGCAUAAUUUUAAAAUUAUUUAAAGAGCCACUCGACCGGGUGGGGGUAAUUGUUAAUGAGCCAUCGUAACAAUUUUCCUCGUUCCUUUUAUCGCUCUCAUUUAUCACAAAACGUUUGCGGGUAGCACUAGGCACGUAUUUCGUUAGAAGUCCCCCCCCCUGUUGUAGUGUGCUUUUGUGUGAGUGUGUGUAUCGUGUAUCAGUGACCCAACUUAUUAAUAUUAAAAUAGUACAAAUAGCACAAUAAUUUAUCCAAACCCUCGGCUCGCUAGAUUAUUCAAAUGACAUGCACGUCUGGAUAAUACAUUAGUGUCAACCAUUAUGUUGUUUACAUAAAGUGCUGCUUUUAUAUCCUUUAUUCUACAUAAAUUCUACAUUAGAGAUUAUUUAUAUUCAAUCCAAUAAGAUGGAGAACAGCGAGGCUAAUAUACUACGCUCGGCGAAAUUACAUUGUGCCAGAAAUCUGUUUGAAUCCUCCAGGCGCACCCCAAUAGGAAACUAUGACAGGUUUAUACCAUGCAGGACAAAUAACAACUGGGAGACCAGUUUUGCCACCAUUCCGGACCCCAGUAAAACCCCACAAACUGGCAAAAAGGCUUCGAAUAGGGACAGCAGUGAGAAUCACAGGGACGCCUCAGUUUAUAAUAUUUUAUUGAGGAACGAGAUAUUGGGAGAGAAGAUCGAAGAUGUUAAGAGCCAUUGUGAUGAUAGACAAGCAUUGACACCAAUUAGAAGUAGGAAUUUGUUUACUUACGCUACACCAACAAAGAAAAAUCCAUACCACAUGGACAGGACUCCGAUGAAAUGCCAGGCGAGUCCUUAUUCACUUUCGCCAUUAAGUACUAGCAGUCAGAGGCUCUUAAGGUCACCACAUAAGGCCACUAGGAAAAUAUCUAGGAUACCUUUUAAAGUCUUAGACGCCCCAGAGCUCCAAGACGAUUUCUACCUAAACCUAGUCGACUGGUCGGUGCAAAACGUCCUCAGCGUCGGCUUAGGUAGCUGCGUGUACCUUUGGAGCGCGUGCACCAGCCAAGUGACCAGACUGUGCGACCUCUCCAGCGACUCCAACGUCGUCACUUCCGUUUCGUGGAGCGAGCGUGGCAACUUGGUCGCUGUCGGAACCCAUAACGGUUACGUUACGGUUUGGGACGUCACCACCAAUAAACAAGUGAACAAACUGAUGGGACACAACGCGCGAGUGGGCGCUCUUGCGUGGAACGGGGACGUUUUGAGUUCCGGAAGUAGAGAUCGGAUGAUUUUACAGAGAGACACCAGGACUCCGCCAAAUGUUACUGAACGUCGCCUGAUUGGUCACAGACAGGAGGUGUGCGGCUUGAAAUGGUCUCCGGACAACCAGUAUUUAGCCUCAGGCGGCAACGAUAAUCGUUUGUACGUGUGGAACAUGCAAUCGUUGAACCCGGUGCAGACCUACACGGACCAUUUGGCAGCGGUUAAGGCGAUCGCGUGGUCCCCUCACCAUCACGGACUGUUGGCUUCCGGUGGCGGAACGGCCGACCGGUGUAUCCGUUUCUGGAACACCCUCACCGGACAACCGAUGCAGUGCGUCGACACCGGUUCGCAAGUGUGUAAUUUAGCCUGGUCGAAACACAGUUCGGAACUAGUCUCGACCCACGGCUACUCCCAGAAUCAGAUAUUGGUGUGGAAAUAUCCGAGUCUCACGCAGGUGGCGAAACUGACCGGACACUCGUACCGCGUUUUGUAUUUGGCCCUCAGUCCUGACGGCGAGGCCAUAGUGACCGGUGCCGGUGACGAAACUUUACGCUUUUGGAACGUGUUCAGUAAGGCGCGUUCCCAAAAAGAAACCAGGAGCGUGUUGAGUCUUUAUAGCGGGAUACGUUAACCAGAAAAAGAAAAAUGAUAAACGUAACUUUAAUUAUUAUUGUGUAUAGCUGCCUUUAGUUUACUAAAGGUUAAGGGACUUAGAUUUAUAUAGAUAUAUAUAUAUAUAAUAUUAUUUACGAGUAAAUCUAGAUGUUCUAUUUAGGUCUUUUUUAAGCUUACUUCCGUGAAGUAUCGCCUUUUAUUUAUUUUUUUUUUUGUUGUUGUUGUGAUAGCACUGCAAGUGGCUCUUUAUUGUGUAUGGGGUUUUUUUUUAUUUUGAUCUCUUGCGAUUUAGUUUCUUUUUUUUUACGUGGGGUUUUUUUUUUUAAUUGCGAAAAUUGAAAUUUAUAUUAUUGUAAUGCGAAGUUUUACUUUUUAAGCGGUUUUAAACCCUCUGGAUAGUUUUAGGCGAGUGGAGAGUGUUUCGUGUGUAAAUCUAUAGUUUCUGCUGCAAUAUUACUUUAUAUAUUUUUAAAUUAUAAAGAUGAUGGAGAAAUAAACGAUGUGUUUAAAGUAGAA